AUGCGACGUCUAGUUCUGCUGUCAUGGAUCUGACCUCUUCCAGUAAAAAAUCCAUGUCUGACAAACAGUCUGCUUCUCUUUCCCAUAAUUUGUAUUUUGCGACUGACUGCAGUUUCUGCGCCGCUACGGCUCAUGUACGCAAUCCCUGGAUAGGUGGUUGCCAUGGAUUCCUGGGUCACAUGCGUGGGUUUCCUAUAGCCAGAAGCAGCAGAAGAUGCUUGGACCAAAAUCCACAGCCAUUUUCAUUCAAGAAAAAGAGAGGAUCCGCUGUGGACGGCUUGCUGACUGACUGGGGGGUGGCCAGACUACACCCGGUUAUUCUUAUUUCCAGCUGUGAGCUGCUUUUUAUCUUUUUUUUUUUUUGUAAUAUUUUCUAGAAUUCGCAGCAAACCGGUUUUGUCCACAUCCAUAGACUGAAAACAGGAAUGAGUAUAGAAAUUCCUGAGGGACUGACGGAGCUGUUACAGAGCUUUACCGUGGAAGUGUUGAGGAAUCAGCCCAGGGAUCUGCUCGAGUUUGCGUUACAGUACUUCACCCGGCUGAAGGACAGCGAGACCAAAGAGGCCUCUUUUGGCAAUGACCAAAAUUCGGCCCCGAGAUCUGGGAAAGCGGUCAAUUUCAUUGACGAGGCCAUGCAGAUCGAUUCGGAGAACGGGGAGGAGGACGACGACGAUGACGAGGAAUUCAUAGCACCAGUGAUAAACAGAUUCAUCAGAAGAGCAUCAGUUUGUGCAGAAGCGUUCAACCCUGACGAUGAUGAAGAAGAUAAAGAGCCAUGGGUAACCCACCCCAAAACUGAUGAGCAGAGACAGAGACUACAGGAAGCUUGCAGGGACAUUCUUCUGUUCAAGAAUUUAGAUCCAGAGCAGAUGUCUCAGGUUUUGGACGCCAUGUUUGAAAAGUUUUGCACAGAAGGAGAGCACAUCAUUGAUCAAGAUGAUGACGGGGACAACUUCUAUGUAAUUGAAAGUGGGACAUUCAACAUUUUCGUGAAGCUCGAGGGCAUGGAGAAGCUGGUGGGCUCCUACGACAACAAAGGCAGCUUUGGAGAACUGGCGCUGAUGUACAACACCCCUAGGGCGGCCACGAUAAUUGCAACCUCGCCUGGAGCCCUUUGGUGCCUGGAUCGUCUGACGUUCAGGAGGAUUAUAGUGAAGAACAACGCCAAGAAGAGGAAGAUGUACGAAGCAUUCAUUGAAACUCUACCCCUACUCACGUCUUUAGAGGUGUCGGAGAGAAUGAAGGUUGUAGACGUGAUAUCCACGAGGGUGUAUAAUGACUCACAGCACAUUAUUGCUCAGGGUGAUUUAGCAGAUUGCUUUUACAUCGUUGAGAGUGGCCAAGUUAGAAUCACCAUGAAAAGAAGCCGGACAAAAAAAGACGAGGAGGAGGAAGAGGAGGUGGAUAUUGCCACAUGCACGAGGGGCCAGUAUUUUGGGGAGUUGGCUCUUGUCACAAACAAGCCCAGAGCUGCAUCGGCAUAUGCUGUGGGGAGUGUCAAAUGUUUGGUCAUGGAUGUUAAAGCCUUUGAGAGACUGCUUGGCCCGUGCAUGGACAUCAUGAAGAGAAACAUCGCUAAUUACGAGGAGCAACUGGCGGCCUUGUUUGGAAGUAGCGCUGAGAUUGAGCAACAGAGUGCAUAAAGCAACUCCAAUGAACCAUGGUGGAGCCAAUGGAAACAGACAGGCUCACUGUGGAUCUUUUCCACAAUACUAUUCAAAACAGGAGAAGAAAUGUGAAUACCCACUACACUACAUUUGAGUGUGUUACAAUUAAGACUAAGAUACGGCCCGUUUUAGUAGAGUGUACGACAGAAAGUUGCAACUUCAACACGCCAAAGCAGGGUUGCUUAAAGCUUGUUUUAGUACAUUAACCAUGACUUUCACUGUAAAGAAUAUGCGUGCAUUUUACUUGUCGGUGUCAAGUGCUUCACUUUUUUUGUAAACCGAAACACUUUGUUAAGCUUAACCCCAAUUUUUUGACAAUGGUAUUCUAAAAAGAAAAGUGUAUUAUUGCUUGUAAAUUUCUAAACCUUAUCAGUUGUAGGAUGUCAAAGCUGACUUAUGUUUGGAUAAUCAUGAGCAGAUUUGCCACAUUUACCUUUCUCAGUAGGAGAAAUACACGUGAACUACAGUGGUGCGAAAAAGUAUUUGGCUCCUGACAGAUUUCUUGUUUUUGCUCUUUUUUUUUUUUUUGUCAGAUAUUCAUACAAGUAAAUACAAAAUACAGAUUUCAUUUACUUAGAGGAAACUAUUCAAACCAACCUGUUCUUAUAUAUAAAAAAAGUAAUUGCUCCCCUUGUUAAUCAAGCAUUAACUAUGUUUAACAACAUUUUUUUGAGAGCUGAGUUAAAUUUCACUUACCGAACCGAGACUUGAUUACUAUCUGACCUUAAGAAGUAGGCUAGAAGAUCUCAAAAAGCAAUACAUCAUGUCGCAAUCUAAAGAAAUUCAAGAACAGACAAUAAAACAAAGUCAAUAUCUAUGGCUUUAAGGCUCCAGUGAACUGCAGUGACAUGGAGCAGUGGUGAACCUUCACAGAAGUGGCAUGUCUGCCAAAAUUGUUCUAAAAUUGUUCUAAAACUCCAGGAACUCACAAAAGAACCCAGAACAACAUCUAAAGCACUACAGGCCUCCUUUGCCUCAGUUAAGGUCUGUGUUUAUCAUUCAACUAUAAAAAUCAGACAGGGCAAUAAUGUCAUCUUUUGGAGGGUUCCAAGGCCAAAGCCCCUGCUUACCCAUAAAGAAUGCAGAGCUGCAUCUCACAUUUGCCAAAAAUAUCUGGAUGAGCCUCAAGACCUCUGAGAAAAUAUUCUAAGGACUGAUGAGAAAAAAGAGCAGAACAAUUCAGAGUGUGUGUGUCCUGUUACAUAUGGCAUUAAGCUAACACAGCAUUUUAGAAAGAACAUCAUACCUGCAGUCAAACAUGGUGUUAGAAGCAUGAAGGUCUGGGGCUGCUUUCCUGCUUCAGGACCUAAAUGACGUGCCCCAAUUAAUGGAAACCCGAAUUAUGCUCUCUCCUCUAAAAUCCUGAAGAAGAAUGUCAGAACAUUAGUUCCUGACUUUAAGCUUAAGCACACUUGUAUAAUGCAGCAGGGCAAUAAUUUGAAGUACACAAUUAAAUCCAUCUCUGGAUGGCCCAAAGGUUGUGGAGUGAACUAGAUCUGAAGUCUGGAUUUCAGAUCUAAAUGAACUGCUGUAGCUUGACCUUGAACAGGCAGUUGAUGCUGAAAACCCUCCAAUGUGGUUGAAUUAAAAAGAUUUUGCACCAAACAGUCAACCAAAAUUGUUCCACAGAAAUGGCUUGGUGGCGGUUGUUGCACCAAAUGGUGGAACAAGCAGUUUAUUAAAUUAUGGGGGAAAUUACUUUUUAGCACAAGGCCAAGUUAGUUUUAAUAGCGUUUUUUCUUAUUUUAUGAAAUCUAGCAUUUGAAAACUGCUAUUUGUAUUUAAUCAGGGUAUCUUUGGCUAAACCUAAAUUUUGUUUGGUAAUCUGAAGGAGUUAAGGGGUGACAGUAAACCAACAGCAAAAGAGAUCUGCAAGGGGAUGAAUACAUUUUUCACAGUACCGUAUUUCCAAAUCUUUCAUACUAUGUUAACAGCAGAACUGAGUUCACAUUUAUACACAAAUACAUCUCUGUUUAUCAGCAGGUUAUAACUCUUUAGUCUGAUAAACAGUAUUUUAUUGUUGAUAAGUGUUAGUGGCUCUUUGCCUAAAUACUCUGCUUUUACAACAAAGCUAACAUCAGAGGGAGAGAUAGCUGAUAGUUUUGUAAGAAUAUACAACACAUUGCUGUACUAUUUUGAAACUGAGUUAUUAUACGGUAUAGGCCCACUUUUAAUUUAAUGCGUUUCUCCACUGGAUUGUAGUUAUGUAGGCAGUGUCUUGAGACAGCUUAUUUUGCUGUGUUUCAAUGUAAGUUUUAGCUCAUACUUUUUGUGUAGGUAGAAAAUAUACUUUAUCGCUGUCUACCUCUGCCAACAACUUUUACAGAUACCUGCUGAACAGGACUCUAAAGUGGGUCAUCUUCUUCUUCCCCCAACCAAUCUCUCCUGUUUUCUCUGUAACAAAGUUCUCUUGUUUUUUUGUCUGCAACAGAGUUUACAUUUAAAAAUGCUGACACCCCCCGUUUUAGUAGCACUUUUACUUUAUAAGGCAAAACCCCAACUUUAGCGAGAAAAACAAUCAUAUGUUUCACUUUUCAUGUCAUUAAAGAACAUUUUAUAUUUA